CUUAUUGACUUUUAUCUUUGUAAUGUAUUCAGUUUUUGUUUUAUAGAGUGGAAAUUGAUUCAUAUGGUUGACUACAACUAAUUUGGGAUUGGAUUGUAUUUGUUGCUGCUGUUUUAUUGUAGUGUCUCUAUGUUCAGAUUCCAAAGGGUGAAGAAACUUUCCUCUAUUAUGCUAGUUGAUUUCUGAUAUGGUCACUCGAAUAAUAAUUACUUCUAUCAAAAAGUCUUCUGUUGAUGAUGAGAAUUGGAAUCUAUGAAAAAAGUGAAGUGACUUCGUGAGAUAAUAACUACUAUUAGUUGAGAUGCUUGUCUUAGUCUAUUGAAUACCUGACUGACUUAGGAUUUCACUAGUUCAUUGGACUAUUUUUAGUGAAAUGUUUGCUCUUUGUAAGUAUGCAUCGAAGCAUUGGCCUUCUAUCAAUGACAUUGUAUAGGAAUCUGUCAAAAUCAUGUUCUCCGUCGAAAGACCUUUUCUUUAUGGACCAUUGACACCAUCUCAAGAUCCAAUAUUUGUAGUGUAGUCUUUAGAGGCUAAACAUAAUAUUUACAUGGCUACUGGAAAGGGUAGUUAGUCAAAACAGUUCUUUCUCAAACUGUCAUUUCCCGUGCACCUUCCUGCUCUACCAGACUACCGCCAUCACUGUGUGUUGUGACAAUUAUUGAAUAAAUUGGAGUAGUCCUGCCAAAGAAGCUUGAAAGGUUUAUGGUAGGCUUCGUCUGGCAAAUAUUCUUGUUAAUUCAAUCUAUGAUGUCACUCACAAGAUUGAUUUUAGUGAAGUGGAUAGUGGUGUUGGGACAAUCCUCAAACUAACCUUUCCACCAGCACUCUGUUGUUCACCUCUUACAUGGAAAAUGAUUCUUGAUGGUACAAAGCUCAUUGAACUAGGUGGGCUUGUUGAUCUUGGAUCAGUCUGCAUCAGAUGCCGCUUGAAGCCAUACAAAAGGAUAGAGCUGCAUGCAUCACUACAUAGUUUGAUUGCCUAGUCAAGUUUUUUAUUACCAGCUCCAUACUAGAUCUGACUAUAGUGGGUCUUGAUGUCAUGGAUGGAGAUUCAAAUGCACAUGUUCAGCAACCUCACUACCUGAAAACUUGUUCUAAACCUAAUCUUGAGCUGGGUAAUGCCGUUUACCUGUUAGGUUAUAGCGAGAAAAAGGAGUUGACAGUUGGCGAAGGAAAAGUGGUAAUAGCCACUGACAACCUUAUAAAGCUGUCAACUGAUGGAAUAACUUGGAGGCCGGGUUCUGCUGGUUUUGAUGUUCAUGGCAAUCUAGCCUUCAUGGUAUGUGAUCCAAUGAAGCUAGCAACAUCUCCUAACUCAAAAUCCUCAUCAACUUCGCCAUCUCCAUUAUCAUCAUGGAAAGACAGUCCCAUGCAAUUUGGUAUACCCAUCCCUAUCAUAUGCGACUGGUUGAACCAACACUGGGAAGGAAGCCUCGAUGACCUCAACAAACCAAAGUUACCACUGAUUCGGCUGAUGUCUACUGGUCAAAGAAGUGAGCAUUCUUGUGCAUCCUUCACAAUGCGGCGUGUUUUUAAGUCAACUGAAGCUGAAAAUGAUGCCACACCAUCAUCUUCGAACGGAUUGCCCCAACCUAGAGAAGAACCUGGACCAAGCUGUUCUGCUGUUGCCACUAAUUUGGAAGAGGAAGCAGUAAUUACUCAUGUCCAGGGAAUUCCAACUCCUGAAAUUUUUGAGUCGCGGAGAUUAACUUCAACACCAGUUGGGAAGAACGAGAGUACACAAAUCCAGCUUUUGGAUAUUAACUUUCCACCAAGGAUUCUCAUCAAAGCUGCUGGAUCACCGCAGCACGUCAGAAAGAGCCUAUCCAACUCUGAUGAUGAUUGCAUCGAUAAGGCAAGAGAAGAAAAUUCUAGUGACUUUGGCCAGCCAAGCCCUGUGCCAGACGCUGAAGUUGCGUCUACCAGAUCUGUUAAUGGGGCCCAGAGUGAGGUUGAAUCAAGUUGCUGUCUCAUAGAGGUUUUGGAAGCUCAAAAUGAAUACAGCAGUGAUGGAGAGACAACAAUGUACUCUGCGGAAACUGCUGAAAGCAGAAACUAUCCAAGUCCUAAAGGGGGAAGGUUUCAUCAAGUAGGAAGAAGCCAAAGUUGUGUUAACUACAAUAGAUGGGGGUCGGUUUCAAAAAACUCAGCAGCUCGUAGGGCUAACCAAGAACAGAAGAGGAACAUUAUGCAAGGAAGAAAGGUAUACUCCCAAGGUACAACUUCACAUAGGAGUAAUGACUAUUACAGCCCGACAGUAUCUUCAAUCAUGAAGAAACGGAACAACAUGGAGCCACAAAUCAGACCACCACGUCUAAGUGCUGGAAACUCAUCACCAAGAUGGAUGUUCUGAUUGAUAAAUUCUGAAAAAAGAACUCAUUCUUUAUACCACACUCUCCUUUUUUGAGCUUAUACUGAGACUUCAUUGCAAAGAAAUUAAGAAAGCUGGAGAAAACUCGAGCAAAGGCAGCUUACUGAUUUUCGAUAGCAGGUGCUACAGGUUGUUGUUCUUCCACUGGAACUUCAAUGACAUUCUGUGGACUUUAUGUUGGAGAAAAGAUCUCAGAAGCAUCUUCAACAGUCCCAACAUUUUCACCAGUUAAGGAUUGGCUAGUAACUGCUGCUUAUCAGCAAAAUAGAUGAAUGCAACAUAGAAUUCAAGUGUGACAGAAAGUGAAACCAAAGCAAAUGUUCGACACUGUGUUCUCUGAGAUAAAUAAUACCCUGGAAAAGUGACUUGCUUUUUCUGAAGGUUAAAUCGACAACCUCAUCUGAUGCAAUUCUUUAUUAUGUAUAUCUACAUUUUACUCUAUGCAAACCAAUAAAAUUGGCUUUACUUUCA